GGCCGGGCCGGGCCUGGCGGGGCCUGGCGGCCGCGGCGCCGGGGCUGAGGGCGGGCGGCGCGGCUGCGGCUGCGGGCGGCGGCGGCCCCCCCCCCCACCCUCCGUGCGGGGCAAUAUGUUCAAGAGAAUGGCUGAGUUCGGGCCUGACUCCGGGGGCAGGGUGAAGGGCGUCACCAUCGUGAAGCCGAUCGUGUACGGGAACGUCGCGCGGUAUUUCGGGAAGAAGAGGGAAGAGGAUGGUCACACGCACCAGUGGACGGUUUACGUCAAGCCUUACAGAAAUGAGGAUAUGUCUGCCUACGUGAAAAAAAUUCAGUUCAAGUUGCACGAAAGCUACGGUAAUCCUUUAAGAGUUGUUACCAAACCACCGUAUGAAAUCACCGAAACAGGCUGGGGUGAAUUUGAAAUAAUCAUUAAGAUAUUCUUCAUUGAUCCAAAUGAAAGACCUUUCCGUUCACGGCUUGACCAAGCUGUUGCAAAGUUGGCUGGGUGUUUUUUCUGUACUGCUGUUCUUGGGAGGCCGUUUCGGCGCCUGUCGUGUUCUUCCUUUCCAGGAAGUACCAACUGGAGUAAGGUAACCUUGUAUCACUUGCUGAAGCUUUUCCAGUCCGAUACCAAUGCCAUCCUGGGAAAGAAAACUGUAGUUUCUGAAUUCUAUGAUGAAAUGAUAUUUCAAGAUCCUACUGCAAUGAUGCAGCAGCUGUUAACGACAUCUCGUCAACUAACGCUAGGUGCUUAUAAGCAUGAAACAGAGUUUGCAGAUCUUGAAGUGAAAACCAGGGAAAAGCUGGAGGCUGCCAAAAAGAAAACUAGUUUUGAAAUUGCUGAGCUUAAAGAAAGACUAAAAGCAAGUCGUGAAACGAUCAACUGUUUAAAGAAUGAAAUCAGGAAACUUGAAGAAGAUGAUCAGUCUAAAGACAUGUGACGACUGUUGACUUGAAAAAGAGCCUAUAUUGAAAAGAGGAGGACUUCCUUCAGUCGUGGAAUUCUAUACGUUCAAUUCUGUAACUGAGACUAUGUGCAUUUCACUUGCAAAUGAUUGACCUGUGUGGCAAUUGACUUCAUAAAUGGAAGAAAAAAGAAGGAAUGUAUCCUUUUUUUAUAGUUAAAAUCUGUGGGUACUUAACGAUUUAUUUCAAGUAGAAGGGGUCUUGGAGACCAGACUACCUUUUUUUUUUUUUUUUUUUUUUUUUUAAAACUGCAUUUGAGUGGUAUAUGGAAACUUUGUAUUAAGUCUUGUAUUAGUUCAAUGUGAUUUUACAAAAUGCUGGUGUUUACUUUUUUUACUUGUUUUUUCUACUGGUUGUUUAGACAUGCAUCUUUAAAGCUGAAAAUAAAAUAUGCUUUUUUUAAUUUUAA